AUGUGGCCCAUACAUGCGAAGCUCAGCCUCUAUAUCCUACUCACAUGUCUGGGCAUGUGGAGCGGGAAACAGACGCUGCAGGGUGCGAGAUUCCUCCCCGGCUAUCUGUUCGCUGCGUCCAAAAAAGCAAAUGCACAGGGCUUCGUCGUCGCCGCUACCGGCGGCAUUAACGCUGCCGCGCAAGAUAAUGGACACUCAAUCGGACCGGGAGACGACAGGCACGGCAAAAGUUCCAAAAAGAACAUCCUGGGGCGGAGGCGGCGGUGUGACACGGACUCCUUGCUGAAUUGCAACCCGUGCGGCGAUACUAUCGUCGCAGAUACCGCCAGUGAUCUUGCUGCGCCGGUCAGUAAGAGUUCAACAGCUGACUCCACGGUCUUGGGAUUCAUUCAGGAGCUUCUCGCGAGAAUCGGCUCCACCAAGGGCCCACCGAAGCAGCAUGUCGCCCUUAACGCUUUGCGGGUUCUCAUUGAGAGCCAGCCUGCCUGCAUUAACAGCUUGGAGCGUCUAAACAUUAUAGAUACUUUUGUCAGUGUGCUCAAGCAGCGCUACCAACGGAGUUUCUGGAGCGUCCUGCAGAGCUACUUCCGGUCAAAUUCGCGGUUGGAGGAAAUGCAGUGGAAGGCCAUGGAGACCACUCUGCUCACAAUUCUGCUGACAAUUUGCCGCAGCAACGUGAAGCUGCGCAGCGUAAUGGCCAAGAAUGAGCGCUUCAAGAGUCUUUUGCUGACCAUGUACAACCAUAAUAAGAAAAAGGAUGACAAAAACACCAAUUUGGCAAAGAAGCAUGGCAAACGUUCUUCUGCUAAAUCAAACAGCGAAUUAGAGACUGACGCCGAGGACGCAUACCAAAUUCCUGUCGCGAGGUACGACACUUCGCCGUAUAAUAUGCGCGAUGCGGCGUGGCUGGCUGCUUCCGGCGAACGUUCGGGAGCCAUGGACGUGUUAUCACUGCAGACAAGGGGGCUCAUCCGUGAACUCAUGUUUAUGUGUGGGAUCGACGUCGAGUCGCAAAACUUGAAGCAGCAGGGUGCCUCCGCGAAGGCAAAGCCAGCCGCGCGCCAAUUAGUCGCCGUCCCAGUUGACACGUCGGUGCCGAUUGACGCGCCUGCUCAAGGAACAAAUCUGCCCAACCAGUGGCAAUUGCCGGUGCCGCCGAUGCUGCUGGAAUCUAGCGAUGGCUGGUGGAAGGGUAAGGCGGGACAGCCCAAGCCCAGGUUGUUGUGGAUACCGUACUUCUAUGUACCGAAAAACACCAAGGUGGAAGAUGCUGUCAAACGCCACUUGCUCAUUAACCUGGGUGACUCCGCUGGUGAAAAGGUUGAUUUGACUAAUCUACUAAACGUCACCAUCGAGCAUCCGCGCAACAAAGCCGCAAAUGUGGUGUACGGGAUGCUGCUGCUCUGCAAGGAGGGGUCGGAUAAGUCUAAUGGCGGAUGCAGUCUCUAUACGCAAACGUCCAGCGCGAAGCACAAGGGCAAUUACGUCCUGAUAUCUAACAUACAGGUUGGUAAAUCGAAGGAAAUCAAUGGAUCGGUUGUGGCCGGGAAUCUCCUCAAGAAUAUGCAGCGUAACGAAUCCCUCAAAACUAUAACACGCGUGGUGAACGAGCUCUGGGCGUUGGUGGGAUCAAAGGACCCAGACGUGUUAAACGAGUUGUUCCGGGACCUGGACUUUGAAUUUCUGGCCGAGGUCCUCAAUCGCUCGUUGGUGUACACUGUACGCAGUGACGUCUUUGAGCAGGUGUCGUCGAACAUCGAAACGCCCUCGAAUGGCUCAGGGGCUUACGCUAUGCUGCAGAAACUCCGACGAACGGUUGAGGGGUGCCUGCAUAAGGUCAUGCCCAAAUUGCGCGACUCGUUUUGGGACAAAAUUUUUGAGAGGAGCACUGACACCAUGCCUGCAACCGAGCAAGAGACGACUCCGUCCCCAGAGAAUGUUCUCAACAAUAUACGGCCGUGCAAAAAAGAGGCAGAUAUCGCACGUCGGCUGCAAACCGUGGUUUUGGGUUUUCUGAUAGACCUUAUAUACAUGGAUGGCAGCCGCAGUCUGAACAAAAUACGCCGCGCGACCCCACUGGUUGACGCUGUGUUACGCCUAAGAGCGACUUUUCCCGCCGUGCACACGCUCACUGAGGCGCUGGAUAACGAACUGGAAGAUUUUGCGCCCCUGAUAGAUAGGAGAAGGAAUGACGCACGGCACACGACGAAUGUUAUAUACAAGUACAUAGACCGUUUGUCUGCGGAUGACUUGACAAAUAUGCGCUCGCGAAAACGUGACAACUUCGGCAACAUCACUACCAAGGCUUCGGAUUGGUGUAAAGAGAGCUGGACGAGACAGAAAACAAUACCCCGGGCAAUCAUCGGGCCGUUCUUCAACGCACACAAGCUGCUGAACAUGCUCGGCCACCACGAGCAAGAUAUUUUUAAAGGUCGCGGUUUGCGGGUACUCAGCAUUGACGGCGGCGGCACUAAGGGGGUGGUUGUGUUGGAGAUUUUGGAGCAAAUAGAAAAAUUGCUAGGCAGGCCCCUACAUGAAGUAUUCGACUUCAUAUGUGGCACGUCUUGUGGAGGCAUCAUCGGAGCGCUUCUCGCCCUCGAAAAGGGCAGUAUCGCCGAUAUCCGACGCGUGUUUGAAGAUUUCAUGGUGAAGGUGUUCAACAAGGAUUCGUACCACGUUACCGGACGAAGGCUAAUUACGCGACACGCGUACUACGACGAGAAGAUGUUGUACGAUAGCUUGCGUUCCGUGUUUGGGAACGCGGAGCUUAUCGACUACUCCGUGGACCCUGCGGCCCCUAAGUUCUGCUGUCUGUCGGCCCAGCUGGAUGUAUUCCCUCUGAACCCGAUCGUUUGGAGGAAUUACAACUACCCCCCGGAUACCGUACCGGGAGAGGAAAACCCCAUGCGUGAUGGCUCAUGCGCCAUAAUGACGGCCGACGCGCUGCGUGCAACCACUGCAGCGCCGACCUACUUCCCGCUCAUGGAGCGCAACGGGGCGCUGUACGGUGACGGGGCGCUGUACGCCAACAACCCGAGUCUGGUGGCUCUGCUGGAGGCCAGACUGGUGUAUCCCAACGUACCCAUCGACCUACUGGUGAGCGUCGGUAGCGGUGACUGGGAGAGGGAGGAUAUCGCACAACUAUCGCAAAAUUAUGUCGCGGACAAAUCGAAGAAAACGUCCGCUGUAGAGAGCGGGUGCUUCAGGGCGGAGUUCUCCGAUGGGGAGGACGAAGUGAUCGCGGAAGCACCUUUAGAGGAAGAGCAGAUGCUGGUGACAGAUGCAAGCGACUGUCUUCUGCGCUCCGUGAACAGACCGACCAACGGCAAGAACAAGUCGGUCGUGGGGUACCACAAAAUUUUUAACCACCUGGUUUGCUCGGCCACGAACACCGACACGGUGCACACAGCGCUCCAGGCUCUCAUGUCCAAGAAGAAUUACGUGCGCCUAAACCCCGUGGUGCCUGUAGUACGCAUCGACGACACAAACAAGGAGGUCCUGGACGACCUCAAGGCACGUACAAAGACAUACAUGUCAGGCGACCUGCAGCAGCAGGCGCUCCAGCGAAUAAAGGAGGCCAUCACACAUACGCAUGAUUGGCAGAGAGUGGCCCCUGAACAACACAGCACCCAAACGACACAAACGGAGUAA